AUGUCGUUUGAUGCGUCAGCUUCGCUGACUAUCUCCGAUCCCAAUGCUCGUGCCCUCAGCUCCUCCUGUUUUGACUUCCUGCUCAUCGAGCUGGUCCCGAUGGCCGAGCGUCUGGCCAAACAGCUGUCCACCAAUGACCAUGGACCCGAAGACGGAGAGAUUAGAGAAACCACAUUUUUCCGACUUGAAUCCUUAGGAUACCGAGUAGGGCAAGGACUUGCAGAAAGGUUCUCCCGCGAUCGACCCCGUUUUACCGAUAACUUGGACGUCAUAAAGUUUCUCUGCAAGGAUCUAUGGACGGUGUUGUUCAGAAAGCAGAUCGAUAAUUUAAAAACCAAUCACCGGCGCAACCACCAAGUCUUGCCUCGCAAUACUAAAAGAGAAUGGGAGCAGGGAGUCUACGUCUUGACGGAUAGCGCGUUCAGACCAUUUGCCCGUAUGAGCAUGACGGCACGCGGCGAAGCCGUAUCGAUGGCACAGGCGGUAUGA